AUGCGCAUAAAAGAAAAAUUCCAACAAUUAGAAGAAGAUCGUUCGGAUAUUAUAGCAUAUUUGAAAAGAAGUUUAGAAAACAGAAUCGAGGAAUCGAAGGAACUUUCUGAGAGGGUUACCGUUUUGGAAGAAUUGCGAAAGGAUGAAUUAGCUGCGUUUAAAAAGAAGGAAGAUGCAAUGCAACUGGAAUAUAAGACAAUGGAAAAUAAUUUAAGCGCAGAAGUUAAAUUAGCUGCUGGUAAAUUAAAUGCAUUAGAAGAUUGGCGAAUAGCUCGACUUGAUUUGAUGAACAAAUUUGAGAAGCAAGAGAAGGAGAUGGCUGAACAAGAAAUGCGUCAUAAAGAGGAACUUUACGAAGCCGAAAAAUCUAUAGUUACCAAAAAAGACAUGAUGCAAAAAGAAAUGAAGGAACAGUUGCAAAUUUUAUCGGAAAGACUUCUGAAAGCGGUUACACUACGAAUAACAGAAAUCAUCAAUCGUACAAUUCGUGAAAACGUGGCGUUGAAUCGUGAUCUAGAUAAAUUGCUAGAAACAAAUAAGAAACUCGAAAAUAUUAACAUCGAACACAAAAAAGUAGAACAGAUAUUAAAAUUAAAAUGGCAACUAUAUGAAAAGGAGGCGGAAAUUACACAAAAUAAAAUAGUGAAACAAAGAAAUGAGAUGCAUAAAAUUGUUGAG